AUGGCAGAUCUGGCUCUAUUAGAGGACCUCUAUGCGCCCCUAAGACGGGAGAGGGUCUUUCGCGACCGCAGAUAUGUAUUUAUGGAAAGCGAUGAGUGGCUACUGAGUCGCUUUCAACUGCCCAGGCAUCUCCUUAUGGAGUUGUGCCAAACUCUGGAGCCACAUUUGAGGCGGGACACCUGGGCGCUCCAAUGCCGUACCUGUGCCAGUGCAGGUGACAAAGGAUACCCUCUCAGUGAUUACCUGGUUACCCCACUGGCAAAUCCUGCAACAGAGCAGGCGCGCAGAUUUAACGGUGUGCACAUACGCACACGGGCCACAGUGGAGCGCUGCAUCGGGUUACUGAAGGGGAGAUGGCUCUGCCUUGGAUCAGCAGGAGGAACUCUGCUGUACACAGCGAGAAAAGUGUGUGACAUGGUUUUGGCCUGUGGGGUUCUGCACAAUAUUGCGCAGACUAACCAGGUGCCAUUUGAUGAGCUGCAUCCAGAUGAGCCCAUGCAAAGAGAGCCGUGGCCAGCAGAGCCACACAUGGGAGCUGACCUCUUCGAUAGGCUGGACCAGUGGAUGCUCAACCUGAGAAGACAGAACUGGACUCCCAACAAGGCCUCUCGUCUGUGCAGUGAACACUUUGAAAGCUGUCACAUCGGCACUGAUUCCAGGGGGAGGAAAUGUCUAAAGAACACCGCUGUGCCUACCAUUUUCCACUUCCCAGAGGAAAAAGUGCCAGGAGGAAAAUGCUUGGUGGUAAGUGCAAAUGAGGUAAGUGACAAUGGCAUGGUUGUUUUGAGUAGUGGUGAGGAGGUUUCAGAUGUAGGUGAUGGUAGCAGUGCUGUAAAUCUCAUUGCUGAUCACAGCAAUGUCAUGAUGGAAGACAUACCCCAACAAGCCUUUGUUGCUCAAGAUGUCAUUUAUGAUGACAUUACGCUGACAGCGAAUGCAGGGGAAGAUGUUGGUCUAGGUAGCAGCAAUCAACCCAUACAUCAGAGUAAAAAUUGGACAGCAUUAGAUCACUGUCACAUUAGGCCAAAACAGCUAAGUUUUGAUCUAAUGGCCGUAUCUCAGGGUGAUCACUCUUACGGUGUUUUUCAUUCUCCAAGAACACUGAAGAGGAUGGCUUCUGCUACAGAGGUAAAGCUCUGUGCAGCUUGAAAAAAGCUGAGGUUGAAAGUCCAGCACACAAGAAGAUUGAAGGCAAAAGUUUCUUCAAUGAAAGGUUUAGUCAAAGUGCUUCAGAAGAAACUUCUAAUUUCAUCGGAAUGUGCCUCUCUUCUUUCUGAUCUUGAAGAUGUUCCAAGAGAGAUCUUUCAAAGACUAAAAAAGAAGAAGUCUGUGUUUUCAGAGAAUCUGAAACAAUUCGCCACAAUACUGCACUUCUACUCUCCGAAAGCCUAUGACUAUGUCAGAGAGAAAUUUCUUUUGGCUUUGCCUCAUCCACAAACCAUGAGAAAGUGGUAUAGUAGCAUCUCGGCAGAU